AGCAGCAGCAGCAGCGGCAGCAGCGUCAGCAGCCGCCGGCACCACCGCCAGCACCACCGCCAGCACCACCGCCGCCGCCGCGGGUACUCCCACCGAUACAGUGGUCGCCCCAGCUCCCAGCGAGUAUAUCAAGAGCAAGUCCAGCUCCUCCGUGUCCAUGAUCCUCAGAAAGCCUCCAAAAGCUAAGCGUCCCCUGCCGGCCCCCACACAGGCUACCAAGCGCUCGCACAAGAAGACCCUCUGCACCUUCUUUCACCGAUCCGGCUUUUGUCGCUUCAAGGACAAGUGCAACUUUGCUCAUCACCUCGAGCAAGUGCGCGUGUGCCACCGUUUCCUCAAGUACCAAUGCGUCUUUGUUUCUUCUCCAGGCUCUGAUUUGCCAGCCAGACCGGAUGACCCGCCGAUCUGUCGGUUUUCGCAUGAUCUCGACCCUUGUCGGGUCCCGCACUGCCAGAAGUACUUGAGAGGUCGUUGCGUAGACCAUGGCCUUGGCAUGUAUCCGCUUGGGAUAGAUGACAGCCUCCCAGUGGCCCCCGAACCGGGGCCCCGGCCCUGUCGCUUUGUGCACCUCCGUGUUGAUCCGAAUGCCCCGACCUGCCCGGCCUUCCAAAAUGGUUUCUGCGCCAAAGGGCUGCACUGUGACAAACUCCACACAUGGGACUGUCCCGACUGGCAAAAGUCCAAUGGCCGGUAUUGCCCCAAUCGCGAUGACUGCGCGUUGCUCCAUUCGCCAGCCGUUCUUGGGCGUCAUGGACCCGAUCAGCCGGCCGCCCCCACGAACACCAGCGCCAUUCUUGCUGAACUGGUCCCCCCUAUUGACCAGCCUCCAGCCAAUGGUGGCGGAGACGACUUUAUCCGUCUCUCAGAUUGCUCGGACAGCGACAGCCUCGACUCCCAUAGCUUGACUCCCUCCUUGAGCUCAUCGCCCCUGACAUCGCCAACCAUGGGCAUGGGUGCCCUGCGUCCCUUGAUGAGUCUUCAGUCUCGGACUUCCGGGAGAGCCACCGACCCCAAGGAUACUCGCUCGACACCAAAUCCCCCCCCGUCAGAGGGUGACUCGGCGCGAGAGAUUCUGCCUCCCCAUUCCCCGCCCAAUCCCCCGCCAGCCAAAUCUCCCGUCCUGCGGCCUGCUCAAAACUUGCCAUCGAGCCCACGCCUCAAUCCUGCUGGCAGCUCAUACGAUGAUCAGCUCAUCUCCGAUCGAUGUGUGACCGCCAUCAAUCGUCUCUAUGAGUCGCUGGCUCGGGCUAAAGCUGAUGGAACUUUCUCAAUCUUCCCAAAGUUCACGCUACAACGGCCCUAUAAUCCCCAACACCUGGAAGGCCAAGAGGACAAGCGAAACUAGGCUCUCGUCAUAGAUUUCAGUUCCUUCUCCCCCCACCAAUAGACAUGGAUGAGCAGGCCGAUUGUUCAAAGUGAAGA